CUCGUGACGCAAUAAUCACGAGACGGAAGUACAAUUUGUAGUCCAAUGACACAAAUGAAAACACAAUUCUGUUUAAAGCAAGAAACCUCAUUCAUUAAAACGGUUCUUGGACAAGCUUCGGUUUACAUUUGCACAAGAUGCACGGUAGAGUGAAGGUAAAAACUACAGCCCAGCAGGAGGAGGAAAAGAAGAAAGAGCGUGAGAAAAAACUCAAGAUCUAUGUGGCUGCACGUGAUGCCUGCUUUGCUAAGAGAAAAGAGGGCAUCAAGGAUGAAGAGGCACUGGAGUUAACCCAACAGCUCCUGUCCUCUAAUCCUGAUUUUGCGACCCUCUGGAACCAGCGGCGAGAAAUCCUCAUGCACCUUGAGACCGUAAAGGACGAGGAUGAGAUGCAGAAGAUUUACGAGUCAGAGCUGCACUUCCUGGAGUCAUGUUUGAAGGUGAACCCAAAAUCUUAUGGCAGCUGGUUCCACAGAGGAUGGGUGUCAGCCCACCUUCCACGACCCAACUGGGAGAGAGAGCUCAGCCUUUGUGAUCGUUGUUUGAGCCUGGAUGACCGCAACUUCCAUUGCUGGGAUUACCGCCGGAUGGUAGUAAAGAUGUCUGGUGUCCCUGUAGAAAAAGAGUUGGAAUUUACUGAUCGUCUUAUUGGUUCCAACUUUUCGAAUUAUUCGAGCUGGCACUACCGCAGCACCCUCCUACCCCUGCUUCAUCCAGAAUCCCCUGACCCCAAGUUGAGCAUGGACCCUCCAUCUUCGCAAACCCACUCUCAUCGCGUGUGUGAAGAGCGGCUACUCAAAGAAUAUGAGCUUGUACAAAAUGCCUUUUUCACCGAUCCCAAUGACCAAAGUGCAUGGUUCUAUUAUCGCUGGCUUCUUGGCAGAGCGGACCGUGAGGAGAUGAUAAGCUGUGUUUAUGUCUCUCGGGAUGAAGAGAGAGUGGUGGUUGGUUUCUCCAGACCUGUCAACGCACAAUCUAGUGGUUUGCUUUUGGUGGUCGAUGGUCAGCCACUGAAAGUCGACUGGAGAAGUGUCCAUCCCUGUUUCAAGCAUAGCCCAGUUUGGAUAUGCCAUCUCCCACCUGGAACAAUAAGUGACAUCACAAAUGAGCACAAUGUGACAGUGCACUGGAGCGAGAGACCCACUCAAAGAGACUGUGCUCUGUACACAGGUCGGACUGAGAGCUGGUGUCGAGACUCUGCCACUGAUCAGGAGCUGUUCAGGAGUGAACUCUCAGUGGAGAAGACCUCUGUGCUCCAAUCUGAACUGCAGUCGUGUAACCAGCUACAAGAGCUGGAGCCACUCAAUAAGUGGUGCUUGCUCACCAUAAUCCUCCUGAUGAGGGCGCUAGAUCCCCUGGGAUAUGAGAAAGAGACACUUGCUCAUUUUGAAACCCUCAAAGAAGUAGACCCUAUGCGUUCAUCUUACUACAGCGACCUUUGCAGCAAGUUCAUGAUCGAAAACACAAUUCUCAAAAUGGAAUAUGCUGAGGUCCGAGUUUUCAGCAUUUCUGAUAAGAACUUGACCACUCUUUGUCACUUGGAUCAGCUUGUAUUGGUCACCCAUAUCAAUCUUUCAUCCAAUCAGCUACAUAGGCUGCCUCUUCAGUUGGCCAUGCUGCAGUGCCUGGAGGUUUUGGAGGCCGACAAUAACUUGAUAGAAAACCUCGAAGGACUGUAUCACCUUCCCAAGCUAGAGGAGGUGCUUUUGAGAAAUAACAAAAUCUCUACACUGGCAGAUCUGCAGCCUCUGGCCUCGUGCCCCAAACUUAAGCAUCUUGAUCUCCGUGGCAACCCUGUCACUCUGAGCGACGGCGUUGAGGCUGAGAUAAAGGCCCUUUUGCCCUCUGUGACCGAGUUGCUCCUUUGAUGGGGCAACCUGUCUUAGCACUAAGGGUGGGCGAUAUGGCAACAAGUUAACAUAAUGAUAUUUUAGCCUUAGUCUUGAAAUAUAUUUGGGUGCCUUUAAAGGUGCACUAUGUGAGUUUUCUGGUGGUGGCUCCAUGGAGAAAAGGUUUUGGACCCCCCACAUUACCCACAUUAAAACUUGAAUAGUGCAUCUGGUUCUGCUGAGGCUGACCAAUAGAGCUCAGGAUUGUGUCAUCAUACUACCAAGUCAUUCUACCUCAAUUCACCCAGAAAACAGCAAUAUGAACGUUCAUAUUGUCCAAUUGUGAAGAAAAUUGGUGUAUGGGUAACGGUUUCCGAGAUAUCUCUAUAUAAUUUUUUCACUUUUUUGUGUGGUUGCCGAAUUUCAAAUUGCAUUUACUCAGCAACUACUGGUCCGACAUUAAAAACCAAGGUAUCUCUGGAAAGGGGAAAUGGGGAAUAUAAGGAAUCUAAAUCUGGCAUUUAUUUUUGCAUUUCACUACUUUUGAUGAACGAUGAUGAAUUACUUUUUGACAUAUAAAUUGACCUUGAAAUUGACAAUAAGGGACCUCAAUGACACCAACAGAAAAAAAUUAGCUCUAUAUGUCUACUACAACAUAUAAAAAAAUCUGGAGGGGUUUUCUUUUUUAUUUUCACACAAAUUUACCUAGAAGUUGACUUACCCCCAUCUUAAGACAUGGCAAAUAUCCAUUCAGUGUAUACGGCUAUACAUUUAUACACACAGAGUCCGAGUUGAUAUACUCUAAGAAAAAUUGUGCCAAAUGCCAGAUUUUGAUUAUUUAUGAUUUCUCCUUUCCAGAGAUACCUUGGUUUUUGAUAUCGGACCAGUAGUUGCUGAGUAAAUCCAAUUUGAAAUUCGGCAACCACACAAAAAAGUAGAAAAAUGAAUUUGCAAUAUCUCGGAAACUGUUGGUCCGAUCAAACUAAAAUUUGAAAUUCUGGCUUUUCAGUACCAAGUUUCAUCAAAAUUUAACAAAGUAGGCUUUAACUCAUUGGAUGAACUGAGGUGGACUGACCCUACAUACACAUUUUAGAUGGUAAAUACUAAAUUUAAAGUGCUCUGACGCUCUAGUUUUCAAAGGUAGGUUUCUGAAAUCAGGACAUUUCAACUCCCAAUGUCUUGAUUUCAAAAAAUGUGUCGAGAUGACCUUUGAAACUUUUUCUACUUUGAACCACUCGUGGAUGAAUGAGGGAUUACACCUUCAUGUUUCUAACACUGUAGAGAGCUGAUUGUAUAAUUUACAAUUAGUGAUUCAGCAGCUUAUGGGGUUGUUCCACAGCUCAUUUAUUUCCUUUUUUUUAUUUUAGCAAAUGCAGCUAAAUGGAUGUUUUACACUGCUGCUACAAACAUGCCAGAUUUGGUCAAUAACACUUAUAUUUUAUAUUUUCAAUCCCGAGCUCUAUAGGUGAGAAAAAUAGAUGACACUUGUUAAUGAUCUUGAUUGGCAGAUCACCCCAGGUUCACGAUUGUAUUUAUUAUUGUCAUAUCGCCCAUCCUUUUCUGAUUCCUCUUCGGGGGCAACUGGUAUCCAUUGUCUUUUGCAAUGCUGUGUAUAUGUUUGUGUUUGCAAGUGAGAAAGAAAAUUAAACUGUCACGGUUCA